AUGAAAAAGUACGUACUGCCGAAGUACAAGAUCAAGACGUCUUUCUGGCAAAACAUGCAUUCGCUCCUCGCCCCGGUAAUAUAUGCUAGGAGUGCGGCAACGAUUCGCCUUUCUCUCCAUGAAACCUUCUUCUCCCUCUCUCUUUCUGCAACUUUGUCUCUCUCUGUGUGCGUGUGUGUGUGUGUGUGUGUGUGGCUGUAAUGUGCAACAGGGCGGUAUGACCGUCGUCAACAACGUUCCGGUAUGUGAUCAUUGAAUGAACGAGCAUUCAUGUGGCCCACGGGCGGUCUGUUUUUCAGUCUUUCUUCGAGGGCCAUCCAUGCAAGUGUGAGGACCCACUUUUCCGGGGCACGGUAUGUUUGCCCCAGAAAAGCCUCCCAGUGGAUCUCUGUUUCCUCAAAAAAGAUCAAACUAAAAGCCUCCUCUUCGAACACUUCAUCGAGCUUACCAAAAAUGAGACAGGACUCCAACUCACGACACAAGCGUUUUUCAACAGUAAAGGUGUGAUCGGAUAAACGAAAUAUAUGUACCACAACUCUUCAAUUGAGACCAAUAGAUUGAGACUGAGUUAUGCGGUGAUUUUUGUGUGUUUUGUUUGCAGGAAACAUGGGCGUCGGAUUGCAGCGGAUGCCAUUAGAGUGAUUUCUCUCUGAAGCAGCCGGGCGUUUUUUUUUCUUUUUUCUCGCUUUCGUGAUGGUGUGAUGACGGGCGCUGUCUGUUUGUCUGUCUAUCUGAUCUUUAGCUGCCAGUCUGAUGGUGUUCCGCUAAUAAGCAGUGAUAGAUCUGCCGCACCAUCACUGGCUGGUGGGGUGAAGGUGUUGGCGGAUUUGCCCACACCCCCAGAUCCCUUCCGCCUUUCGACUGCCUGUCUGUCUGUUUGUCUGUAUGCGUGGCCCGUCCGCACGUGCAUGACCAGGGAUGACGAAUUUAUAUAAAUGGAAGACUAGACACCGAAACGCAUACAUUCAGAGACACAUACAGAAAAAGCAAUAUCUGGUGCAAUUGAUAUGGUGUCUCAA